GGGGAACAAACGCGGAUCCCAGGUUCGCGUGCACACCACCUCCACCACAACCUUGAUCGCAACAGAGUGAGACAUUGGCUGCACGCUUUGCGUCCACUAGUCAGCCAGCGUUUUCCCCGUUCUGUCUGCCUUUCGUGUGUUGCCAGGGUCAACGCAACACGACGAAUUGCUCGAGUUCCCAGUCUGCUUGCAAGAUUCUUGCUUGCAUUGCGCGACAGCACAAUUCUCGACCCGCACAAUCCAGACGACUAAACGACUCUUUUCUGCCCCCCCCUUGCCGUUCGCUGUUGCAUAGUUACUGCGUCGCUUACCGCGUCGCCAAACGCUGCUCGGUCGUCUCCGCUUUCGCAGCGCUUCCCUCACCCUCUUCCUGACACGAAAGGGUCCCCGCGAACAGCGACACCGGCCAAAAUGGGCGCCUCCAUGUCCAUUUCGAGCCUCUUUGGCAAGCUCUUCGGCUCCAAGGAAGUGCGCAUCCUGAUGCUGGGCCUCGAUGCGGCGGGCAAGACCACGAUUCUCUACAAGCUCAAGCUGAACCAGACCAUGACGACCCUCCCGACUGUCGGCUUCAACGUCGAGACGUUCACGUACCGGAACAUCAAGUUUAACAUGUGGGACGUCGGUGGACAGGACAAGAUCCGCCCGCUGUGGAGGCAUUACUACAGCGGCGCCCAGGGUCUCGUCUUCGUGGUCGAUUCGUCAGACCACCGGCGGAUUGACGAGGCGAAAACCGAGCUGCAUCGCAUCCUCAACGACCUAGAAAUGUCCAACUGCCUGCUGCUGGUGCUCGCCAACAAGCAGGAUCUCGAGGGCGCCAUGGACCCCCAGACGAUCACCGAGAAGCUCGAGCUCUCCAAGCUCAAGGACCGGCCAUGGUUCGUGCAGCCCGCCAUUGCCAUUGAGGGCGAGGGCCUGCCAGAGGGCUUCGGCUGGCUGUCGGACAACAUCAAGAAGUCGCCCAGGUACACCGGGAAGUGA